CGAUGUGUGUAGCAUGCACGUAUCCAAGCGAGUAUCAACAGAACACGUACCGGAAUCGUAUGUUUAAUUUAUUUAUCGAUUGAUUUGUGGCUGAUCGGUCCAGAAGACACCAUUGUUAAUUCACAGGUAUUCGUUCUGCACCGACAUGCAGACAAGAAAUAAGUAGCCCAAGGGUAGCGCGUCACAUUGAGUUAUGCGAAGGACAUCUCAAGUUACCGAUAUAUAUUUGGGCCGAGCGCACAAAGUCGAUAGCUAGUUUCCAUAGCGAUGAUCUCCAGGAGCUGAGGAGCGGCGCAUGCAUGCAUACUGCGCCUUGGAAGCUGUUGAUUUCUGUGCAAGAGGAAAGAAGGGCACUAAUCACGAUGCCUUCCCUGCACGUACACACACUGGGCAGACGGGUAGGCAGAUGGGGAAAAACUUGUGCAGUCGCUGAAGAUGCGGUCGCCAUGGGCACAGGCAGAAACACAAGAUGUGAUUGCAACCAGCAGAAUUAAUGAACCAGAAUGCAACAGGGUUCUCAUUUUAGUCUUCCACGGUGCUCAGUUGGUAUGGGAACAAUCAAAGAAAUUUAGAGGGCCAAAGCUGUUCUGAUUGGUCGGCGGGAGCAUGAAUAUUCAGUGACUCUCAUCAGUGCAUCAAAUUGAUCGUCUUUGGGGUCUGUUACCGGGCAGUGAUAUUUUACCUUCGGAGCUUUUCGAGGCAUGCCAAAGAAGAUGGAGCCUCCGCCGAAACAGCAGCACCACCCCAGCCUGGCCGACCGGGUGACCGGCCGGGCCAAAGUCGUCACUUUCUACAAGAGCGGCGACAAAAACUUCAAAGGCAUCCAGAUCCCGAUUCGGAAGAAGUACAACUUUGGCACGCUUCUGUCUGAUCUGGACAGGGUCAGCAACUUUCCGUUUGGCGUCCGACGUAUCGUGACGCCCACAGCCAGGCACGAUGUGACCGACUUGGAAGAUUUCGAGGACGGCAAGAUGUACAUUAUGGCGCCCACGAAGAAAAAACCCAAACCGUUAGACUUGGGCGGCAUUCAGGCCAGACCGCCGUGGGCACACCCUAAGUCCCUGCCGGGUAGUGGCGCAAACAGCGCCGAUUCAGAACCCUUGUCGCCACGGAAAAUGCAGGGUAACUAUGCCAGUGGCAACCCCAGAAAUUCGGAGUCCAGGAACCUGACUGUGAAGAAAAUAAUGGUGAUGCGAAAUGGGGACCCUCACAGUAAACACAUGAUACUGUUGAAUCGGAACAGAAUCCCGUCUUUUGAGGCGUUUUUAACGGACAUUGGAGAAAGCUUCCAGUUACCGGCACAAAAACUCUUCACUUCAGAUGGCCUCAAGGUUGAGAGCCUGUCCGCCAUCUUCAAUGGCAGCGAAGAACUCUUCGUGGUCGGGACCGGCGUGGAGAAAUUCCGGCCCAGCAGCUACAAGGAGAACUCGCCGUUCAAGCCGUCGUCGAGAACGCGGGAGUCGCUGCGCCGAAAAUCCAUGGACGAGAGUGACCAACCGCCCCAGAAGAUUAUCAAGAAAUCCAGGGGGAAGUUUCGCGUCUGGGUCGCCACCAGCGAGAGUCCAGCGGCAGGCACGGAUGCCGUGGUGUCCAUCACGGUGUACGGCGACAAGGGCAAAUCAGACGAUAUAGUCCUGGGCUGUGGGAACGGCCGAUUUGAAUCGGCUAAUGAGGACGAGUUCAAUAUUAACGUGGGCAAUAUUGGCGACAUCUACAAGAUCAGGAUCGGGCAUGAUGACAGCACCGAGUUUUCUGGCUGGCUGUGUGAAGAGGUGCGGCUUCAAGACGUACAUACCGGUGAUGAGAUUGUGUUCCCUUGCAGUCGUUGGAUGUCGCGUCAGGAAGACGACGGUCAGACUUGUCGCGAACUGCCUGUUAUCGUGGAAGGAAGCCCAGUGUUCCCAAUUGUCAACUACUACGUUGCUGUUGUGACUGGCAACUAUUGGAACGCUGGUACCGCUGCAAAGGUCUACGUAACCGUGUAUGGGGAGAGAGGAGACACCGGCCCACGGUUACUGCAUAAAACGAAGCGGACCAAAAAAUUUGACAAAGGAAAGACGGAUGUGUUUAACAUCGAGGCAGUGUCACUGGGAAUGCUGAAGAAGAUACUCAUCGGCCACGAUUCAACUGAACCAGAGGAUGGUUGGUUCCUUGAGAAGGUGAUCAUCAAGGAUCACAAGGGCUCCAGUCUAGAGUCGGUAUUUCCCUGCCAUAGUUGGCUGGACGCAACUCUUGAGGAAGACGGCAAAACCAGUAAAGAAAUCUACGUCAACAACAAACAGACCAAUUUGGAAAAAGAAAUGUGGGAGCAGGAGAAGUGGAAGUUUAAGCCCGGCAAUCAGCUGGUGUUCAUCAGCAAGGGAUCAGGGAAAGCCAUUCAGAUCAAGGCCGAUGGCUCUAUCGAGGCAGCGGCCGAUCCGUACAACAUCCAGAAAACAGCUAUAUUUGAAGUUCAAAAGAUGAAAGCCAAUGUGCACGUCGUCACCAACGUGGCCAACCCCGACCACAGCAUCGCUAUGGACUCCAACAAGAUAUCCGGAAAGGGGAAGGGGAACGAACUGAAGCUCCGAAUUCAACCGGAUCGGAGCAUCGUCAUGGAAACGGCCAAGAAUUCCUCCCAGCUCUUGACUUUUGGUCAGACGGGGAAACCCGGGGACGUCCGCGGGCCAUCUCUGGGACCGACCAGGCAGUUCUACUGCUAUGUCAAGGGCAUGUUCCGAGACGAGGGCAUCGUGAUGUUCUACACCUCGCGUAUCCAAACCCUGACGGUCACGUCGGACGGCGUGUUGCUGGCCACAGGUCAAAGGUCAGAGGACGCCUACUGGAGGGUGCACAAGGUCGGCGAGAGCGGCUCGGUCAGGAUGUUUGAGAGUCUUGCCCAACCCGAGAGUUUCCUCAGGAUCAAGGACGGACACUGUGACGUGCAGGGAUCUGGAGACGACUAUUGUCACUUCAAAGUCCUUCGAGUGAAGGAGAAGGGAUACGUGAGCCUACAGUCAGUAGCCAGCGGGGACGUUUGCGUCGGCUUCGUGCCUUAUGGCAGCGUCAAGCCGACGGUGGAUACUGGAGAGGAUAACGUGAGACUCCACCCGCACGUCAUACAAUUCGGGACCAAGAAGCAGGUUACUACGCCAACCCCACCAACGUCAGCCAAGCCUGCUGUCAACAGGAAGAAACGUGUACUGAACAAACAGCCCGGCAACAACCCCAAGAAAGCCGCAGCACUGCCCCUCACGCCGACUCCGACUCCAUCCCCACCGGUCCGAGAAAAGUCUGUCUACGAUGAUGGUGACUGGAAGGUCUGGGUGAAGACGGGCAAGGUAGCCACCAAGGCCUCUGUGGUCCUGGUUGUAUAUGGGGAGGACGGAGUCUCCCAACCGUUCACGCUGGGCAAAGGAGGCAAGGAACUCUUCAAGGCAGGAGAGGAAAACGAAUUCAAGGUGAAUGUACUUAGUGUUGGCGACAUCUACAAGAUUCGGAUUGGUCUGGACACGACCAGCAAGAAAACCGCAUGGAAGCUUGAUCAGGUUAAGAUGAAGGACAUGAUAACCGACGAGCAGCUUCUCUUCAAGUUCAAGAAUCGUUGGUUGUCUCCUCAUGAAGACGACGCCGAUGUGUGGCGGGAAUCACCGGCGGUACGGCCAGGGAGCAAACCUCUCUCAAUACAUAAAUACAGCAUACAAGUGACGACAGGUUAUGAAGUAGGCUCGUCAACCGAUGCCAACGUAUACCUGUGUCUGUUUGGUGAGAAGGGAGACACAGGCAAGAGACAACUCAUCAAAUCUAACCAUCAGGAGAAGUUUCAGGAAUCACAGACUGACAUGUUUGAGAUGGAGGCAGUGACGGUCAUGACCCCUACAAAGGUCAUAGUGGGGCAUGAUGGGAAAGGACCCGGCGCAGGCUGGUACCUGGGCGAGGUCAUCAUCAAGGAAAGUAAGACGUCCAAGACGGAGUACGUGUUCCCGUGCAAUAGAUGGCUGGACGAGGGACAAGAUGACAAGCUGAUUGAAAGAGAAUUGGAGCUCGGAGAAGUGCGGGAGAUUCAGCCCCAUGAAUGGCAGGUGUACGUGACCACAGGCAGCGACGGUUCAGCAGGCACCACGGCUAUGGUCACGCUAGUGGCCUACGGUGACAAGGACAAGACAGAGGUGGCUCUGAUACCCAAGGGAGAGAAUGGCUUCCAAGCAGGGACCACGCAGGAUUUCAGGGUUUAUCUGGGCGACAUAGGCCAGCUCUACAAGAUCCGCAUCGGCCACGACAACGCGGCCCAGGAGGCCAGCUGGUACCUGAAGACCGUACGCAUGCUGGACCUGAACGAGUCCACGGAGGUGGAGUUUGCGUUUGAUCGCUGGCUGUCUGAGAAACACGACGACUUGGACGUCUGGCGAGAACUGCCUGCUGUCGUCACCGGGAAGAAACCUCUGCCUGUCACCAGAUACUACAUCCAGGUGUACACCGGCAGCGAAGAGAACUCCAAGACGGACGCCAGCGUCUACCUCCAACUCUGGGGCAAAAACGGCGACUCGGGCAAACGCCACCUGGUCCGCUCCAAGAACAACAAGGACAAGAAGUUCCUGGCGGGCCAGAUGGAUGUCUUCGAGAUCGAGGCCGUGUACCUUGGCCGUCUGCUGAAGGUCACCGUGGGACACGAUGGGAAGGAUCCCGGCCAGGGCUGGCUCCUGGAGAAGGUGGUCGUCAAGGAGUCCAAGAACGCCAAGAACGAAACUCUCUUCCCUUGUAAAAAGUGGUUAGAUGCAGGACAAGAUGAUCAGAAGAUAGAGAGAGACCUCACACCGGCCAAACCAACGUCAGCACCCAAUCCCGUAACGUCCGAAUCGGCUGCCAGCAAAACCGACAGCAUCACGGUCUCCUGGAAGCAGCCGACCUCAGGAAAGGUCACAGGUUACCGGGUGACCUGUGACCCGCCGGACGCGCCGGCCUCCGAGGUCAUCAUCGCAGACGCCAAGACGACUAAGGCAGAGUUUGGCGGUCUGACGGCCGGCAAGGCCUACCAGUUUGAGAUAGUGACGACCAACGGCGAACUGGAGAGCGAUAAAGUCACCCUCAAAACCAAUGCCAAGCCCAGCCCUGUUCUGGACGCGAUCCUAGACAGCACCGCAGACACCAUCGUCGCAUCCUGGACCCACCCCCAAGGGGAGCUCUCCGGCUACAAGCUUCGCCUCACCCCUCCGGACGCCAAGAAGUCCUCGCUGAGGAUCAAAGACCCAAGCAAGACCAGGGCCGAGUUUACGGGGCUGACACCAGCCAAGAAAUACAAGGUGGACAUCACGACGAUCAGCGGGGAACUGGAGAGCGAAAAGGUCACAGUGCAAGAAACGACAAAGAUGCCGGAAAUCCGCGUGCUUAAAGUCCCCAGCGCCGAGACCACCAAAACCACCAGCGACUCGCUGACGGUCUCUUGGACCAAACCGGAGGGGGACGUCACUGGCUACCGACUCACCAUCCUGCCAGCUGAGGGCGCUUCGCCGGAUAUCAAGAUCGACAGUGCCGACAAGACGACAGCAGAGUUUAAAGGGUUGUCGUCUGGUCAAGAAUACACAGUGGAGGUGUACACCGUCUACAAAGACCGAGAGAGCGAGAAAAUGACACUCACAGCAAGAACAGACGCAAAAAGCAACCAGCCCAAGGAUCCGAUGGCAACUAGUACCCUGACUGCAAUCAGUGUGUCCUGGACCAAACCAGAAGGCCAGGUGACAGGCUACAGGGUGCUCUGCACACCCGCAGAUGCCGAAACCUCUGAAAUCAAGCUAGACGACGGGGAUACGACCGCUGCGGAGUUUAGCGGACUGACUCCCGGCCGGAAGUAUGAAAUUGAGAUCUACGCACAGAAUGGGGAAGUACAGAGCGACAAAACGACCAUCUCGCAAACAACAAAGCCCAAUGGAGUUCUAGAUGCCAGCGUUGAGUCAAGCAGCACAGACACUGUCAACUUGGCGUGGACAAGACCCGAGGGUGACCUGACUGGUUACCGCAUCGACUAUCGACCAGUUAGCAACCAGGAAGCUGGUACCCAACCUGAAGACCAUCCGGUUGAUAAACCAGUUGAGGAACAGAAUAAACCGGUUGAUGGACAGGAUAAACCAGUCGACCAAGAUAACUUGGUUAAUGGUCAGGAUAAACCAGUUGAUGAACAGAACAAACUGGUUAAUGAACAGGAUAAACCGGAUAAUGACCAGGCUAAACCGGUUAAUGAAGAGAGUAUACUGGUUGAUGGCCAGGAUAAACCGGUUGAUGAACAGGAUAAACCAGCUAACGACCAAGAUGCAGAGGUUGAGACUAAAACUAUCGAUAGUUCUGAUGCAACCAAGGCAGAAGUAACUGGUUUAACGCCCGGCCAGUCAUAUCGCUUCAGCAUCAUUACCGUCAGCAGUCAAGAAGAAAGUGAGCCAGUAACCGUCAACUGUACAACAAAACCAGUCCCUGUACAAGAGGCUACAGUACAACCAACGGAUACCUCCCUGGCUGUCUCCUGGAUACCACCAGAGGGCGCUGUUUACACGGCCUAUAAGAUCACUUGCACGUUGCAGGAUUCCUCCUUGGACGACAAUAAUGCCGCUGAGAUCAGGGUAGUUAACGAUCAAAAGGCCGAUGUGACAUUUUCCGGGCUGGUCCCUGAGACUGAGUAUGUAGUACAGGUAAUUGCAGUAGCUGGUACGGUGGAGAGCGAAAGUCUAGCAAAGUCUGCAACAACUACGGCAGCAAGCGAAGAGCAAGCACCAGAGAUACCACCGAGUGAAGACAAUGAGGUGUUACCUGCAACUCCCAACAAGGUACUAGAUGCCGCAGCGACGGGUACCAAUGACUCUAUACACAUAUCAUGGAGGAAUCCCGAGGGACCAAUCACAGGUUUCAAGGUCGUCUGUAAGUCCACCGACCCUGACACAGAGCUCGUUAAGAUCGUGGAUUCCGGCAAGACCAAAGCAUCGUUUAGCGGCUUGAACGCUGCCUCAGCGUACGCACUAGAGGUUUACACACUGAAUGAGACUAUUGAGAGCGAGGCGGUGAGCACGGAAACCAUGACAACGGAAACCAUGACAACUGCUGUUGAGCAGGGUGAGGAGGGAAAAGAGGCAGAAAAGGUGCAACAGGAAGAAACAGAGGAUGAAGAAAAGCCAAACCCAGUCCUAGAUGCCACCUUGAGCGACAUUACAGACUCAUCCCUUGUCGUGUCUUGGAAGAAACCGGACGGACCAAUCACAGGCUUUAAAGUGGAAUGCAAAAAUACUUCCGACCAAUCCGAGACUAGAAUCCUUGAUCGCGAGAAAACCUCAGUGAAGUUUUCCGAGUUGGACGCUGGGACUGAGUAUACAGUGGACGUUUUCAGUCUGAACAAAUGUAUCGAAAGCGAAGCUGUGAUGUUGACAGGGAAGACGACAGCCCAGGCUGAUGCUGUGGAGGAGAAGCCUCAACCUGUUCUCAAUGCAAAGAGCGAGUCUCUGCAGAGUGUGCUGACCCUUUCAUGGGAGAGGCCCACCGAGGGCCCAGUUACCGGCUAUCGUGUCGCCCUCUAUUCACCAUCUUGUCCCGAUGACCCAGAGAUUAGGGUCGUAGGCAGUGACAAGACGAGUGUAACGUUUAGCAGCCUUGAGGUGGAGACUACCUACACUGCGAAGAUUGCGACACUAAGCGGUGACUCGCUGAGUGAGGAAGUUACCAUUGAGGGGACGACGCUGCCAGCGGCUGAGCAAGAACAACCCCAGCAAGUUCUAGAAGCCGCCUGCGAGACGACAUCAAACUCCCUCAAAGUCUCUUGGAAGAGACCAGCAUGGCCAGUGACUGGCUACAAGAUCAGCCUGUCACCCAAAGACGAUCAGGACGAUCCCGAGAUCAGGAUUCUAGACUCUGAGAAGACCUCGGUCGAGUUUGGGUCGCUGUUGAGUGGUAGAGAGUACCUUGUGGGGAUUCUAACCCUGGACGGGCAGAGGGAGAGUGCGGUGGUUCAGGUUGAGGGAACGACAGAGGAGUCUGGAAAGCCAUUGCCCGUGUUGGACCCCGAAACAAAUGCCACGACGGACAGCGUGACGGUACAGUGGUCACACCCUGACUGCCAGCGCACCGGAUACCGCGUGGUGUGUCGACUCAAGUCCCCCGACUCCCAGAAUGCAACGGGAGGUAGUGAAGACAGCCCAGCCAAUGAGAAACCAGAGGAAACCGAUGAAACCAAGAUGGACACCCAAGCGCCCAGUGACCAUGGCAACGAGGCCUCUCACGGAGAUGAAACAGCUCCCUCUAGUGACGAGAAAUCGGCCAAUGAGAAACCAGGGGAAACUGAGAAAUCCAAGUUGGACGAACCAACACCCAGUGGCCCUAGCAACAAGGCACCACCCGGCGAUGAAACAGCUCCCUCUAGUGAUGAGAAAUCACCAACCGAUUCCAGUCAACCAACAGAGGGCGACAAACACAUCGUUGAGGAGAAGAAGGUCGAGGCAGAUGUCACUGAGGUGGAAUUCACUGGAUUGACACAAAUGACGGAAUACGCCUUUGACAUCUACACGGUCUCCAAUGACGUGGAAAGCGAGGCCGCCACAGUUGAUGAUAAAACAAAGAAAGUGAAGCUACCUACCCAGGGCGAAUGGAAACUCUGGAUGACUACUGGCGAUGACUCCAAGCCGGCCCACAACGCUCGCGUUCACAUCGUGGUGUACGGCGACAAGGACAAGACGGCACCGAUAAUGCUCACUGAGGAAGACGAACACUCGUACUUCCAGGCUUCUAACACUGAUGAAUUCAAGAUCAAUGUUGGUGACAUAGGAGAUAUCUACAAGAUCCGCAUUGGUCAUGAUGACGAUAUUGAAUGGGAGGGUUGGCAUCUGAAGCAGGUGAAGAUGGUGGACCAGCAUUCCGAGGAGGAGUUGGUCUUUGAUUAUGAUCGCUGGAUGUCGCGGCGAGAGGACGACUUUGACAUCGUACGCGAGCUGCCGGCCGUGAGAGAGGAUCAGGAAACGUUACCAGUUAACGUGUACCACGUGUGCGUGUCGACUGGCGACCAUUGGGCAGCCUAUACCGAUGCCAAGAUGUGGGUUACUCUGCAUGGUGAGAGAGGCGAUACAGGCAAGAGAGUCCUGUACCACUCGCUGAAGCAUCCCAUCAAGUACAUGAAGGGACAGAUGGACGAGUUCAAGGUGGAAGCGGUGUCACUCGGCAAAGUAUCCAUGGUGGAAAUUGGACACGAUGGUGUUGGAUAUGGUGCUGGUAUCUUCAUCAACUCGGUCAGUGUGCGUGAAAGCGAGACAGCUGACAAGGAAUACCUGUUUGCAUGUAACAGCUGGCUGGACGACCACAUGGAAGACAGACAGACAAACAAACAACUCCAACUACUCGGCAUACGACCAAUUGCAGCUGAAAACAAGGAGGAGCCAUCACAAGACGCUGCAGAUACCAACUGGAAGGCCCUAAUCCAAACUAGCGACCUGGAGAGUGCAGGCACCACAGCCAACGUCUACUUGACUGUGUUUGGAGAAACGGGCCGAUCGCAGAGCCAUAUACUGCAAGGACAGACACUGGACGCUAACACUGAACAAGAAUUUGAGGUUGAUAUUGGUGAAAUCGGUGAGAUUACUAAGAUACGGCUGGAUCACGAUGAUUCUGGGGCUAGUCCUGCAUGGCAUGUGCAACAGGUGCGACUGGUCCAUCCAACCAAGCCAGAGCUGGUGUUCCGAGUCAACGCCUGGCUGUCAUCCGACCAGGGUGAUAAUCCAAGCACUAUCAGGGAAGUAGCUGCUAUCAGGCCUGGAGCGGAUCCACUGCCAGUGGUUACGUACACUGUACAAGUCUACAUCAAGGAGGAUCCCGAUAGUGCAUCUACAAACCCCAGCCUAUACAUAGCACUGAUAGGCGAGGCGGGAGAGAUGGCUAAAAGAGAACUCAUCAGGACGGGUAAACCGGUCUCCGAAGAUGGCAAAGUCAAGGUGGACACUGUCAGUUUCGAGGCCAUUUCUGUCGGCUGGCUGCAACAGGCCGUUCUAAGCAUCAGCUCCGACGAAAAGCAAGACACGUGGUUCGCGGAGAAGGUCACCGUGCAAGAAGGAAAGUACGCCACGACGCGGUCCGUCUUCCCCUGUAAGAUGUGGUUCGGCAACGCGAUCAUCGGGGAGGACGGAAACACGGUCUUGCAGACUGAUCUACAACCAGAAGGCACGCCUGUUUUGGAGCAACAUUUAACGAUUGAAGGUGAGGAGGCAGUCCCCAAAGAUAACAAGGAAGCAGAGAAUGAGGAUGAUGGGGAGUCUGCUUCCAAAGGGAACUGGACCAUCUGGAUCACCCCUGGCAAAGAGGAUGGAAUGGGCUCCAACUCCGGCCUCUCCGUACAAGUGUAUGGGGAGAAGGGGAGGAGUGAGGUCAUUCCAUUGCAGCCACAGGGGGUUUACAAGGAGGCAAAGGAGGGUGAAGGCGAGGAGGAAAAGGUGGACGAAGAGAAGAAAGAAGGGGCGGAGGAACCGGCUGAGGAGGGGGAGACGGCGAGCAGGGAGCCUGAGGCUGAGACUGAGAAGGCAGAGGAGAAAGGAGACGGGGAACAAGACCUGUCAUUCCCUGCAGGAUCCACCAACGAUUUUGACAUUAAUGUAGGAGAGAUCGGUCCAAUCUACAAGAUCCGUCUUUUAUUAGAGGCUGGCGAUGAGAAAGAUGAAACACCAAGCAUUUUCUUGGAUAAGAUAAAAAUGAAGGACAAAGACACCGACCAGGAGUUUCACUUUUUCGUCGACCGCUGGCUCCGUCGCUCGGAAGACGUCAAGCUUCCCACUUCAGCCCCCAGCCCUCCGGAUGCACAGCCGGAACCCGAGGCAAAACAGGAACAGAAGAACGACAAGAAGGCAAAAGACAAGAAACCGGAGGACAAGGCGAAAUCCUCCAAAGCUGGGAAGACGAGGAGCAAGAAAGAUGAGAAAGGAAAAGCCGAGGGGAAGAGGAACAAGUCAAAGAUUGCUGAAGAGGAUGAUGAGAAGGCAAAGGAGCCUGAAGCGAAAGAUGCAGUGCAAGAAAAACCUGAAGAAAAGACGCAAGAAGGCAAGACGGGUCAGACGGAAGAAGAGGUCGCAGAUUGCUACUUGGAGCUGCCUGCCAUCAGGCCUGAUAUACCUCCACUACCAGUCUACAAAUAUGAGCUGUUGGUGCGUACCGGUGACAAAGGAGCGGCAUCGUUGAGUGACGUCAUCUACGCAACGGUGUACGGAGAGAGAGGGGACAUGGGCUGUAGGAUUCUACGCAAGUCAAACAAUCAGGUCAUGUUCCAUCAAGGACAGGUUGACGUGUUCACCAUGGAGGCAGUUGACAUCCUCAGGCCGACCAGCAUCACCAUGGGCCAUCACUCGGAGGGACACGGGGCUGGCUGGUAUCUAGACACAGUCACGCUCAAGCAGUCCGCGCAGGCUACUACGCAAUAUGUCUUCCCUUGCAAACGGUGGAUGGAUACCGGUGUGGACGACCGCAAACUCGAACGCACCCUCCCCCUCCUGGGUGAAGUGGAAUGUCCCGAGCCUGCGACCUCUGACACCAGAGGUCACUGGCAGGUCAAGGUUCAGACCAGCGACAAGCCAGACGCGGGCACUACAGCUAAGGCGUGCCUGGUUGUGUAUGGAGACAAGGGGCAAUGUUCCACGCAUCAACUGGAGAGGGAGACAUUUCAACCUGGAACAGAAGAGGAAUUUGAGAUAAGUGUUGGUGACAUCGGACCUGUCAGUAAGAUCCGUCUGGAGCAUGACAAUUCUGGUGAUAGCCCAGCGUGGCAUGUCAAUUCAGUGACAAUGAAGGACCUGGACACCAACGAGGAGUUAGACUUUAAGAUGGACCGUUGGUUGGCCCGUGAUGAAGACGACGGUCAGAUAUGCCACGAGGUCCCGGCGGUCAGAGAGGGAAAGGAUUCAUUGCAAGUGUAUAGCUACCAGGUCAAAGUUCACACUGGGGACCGAGACAAUGCCACCACUGAGGGCGCUAUUCAUAUGACCUUGCACGGCUCUCGUGGCGACAGCGGUCAACGGCUGCUGGUGACGUCAAACAACAGUCAGAAGUUUGCCAAGGGACAGAUUGACACCUUCACCAUACAAGCCGUGGACCUAGGCAAAGUGCACACCAUCUCGGUGCGCAAUGAUUCCCUUGAACCGUCCCAGGCGUGGUAUCUGGAGAAGGCUGCCGUCAAGACGUCACCGACAGCCGAACAGGAGUUUGUCUUCCCGGCCUCGCGAUGGAUCGGCCAGGCGGACGCGGAGAGCGAAGAGUUGAGGACGGCUGAGAACAACGUCGAGUUGCUGGUGCAAGAAAAAUGGAAGUGCACCGUCCACACCAGUGACCUGCCCGAUUGCGGCACUGAUGCCAAUGUCUUGCUGGUUGCCUAUGGCAACGCAGGCAUGUCAAAGGUCAUGCCACUGACCAAUGGGCAGGAGGGUAACUUUCAACCAGGCAAGAGUGCUGAAUUUGAGCUUGAGCCUGGUUCUUACAUCGGCAAUAUCUACAAGAUCCGAGUGGAAUUGGACGACGGGAAGGACAAAUCAUGGCAUCUGAAGCAGGUUGAUCUGCAAGAUUGCUUCUCAGACGAGAGCCUGACGUUUGAGUACAGCGGAUGGCUGUCGCGGAGUCAGAACGACGGAACAGGAGACAUCGUCGCUGAUUUGCCGGCACUUAGGCCUGAUGAAGAACCAUUGCCUGUUGUCAAAUACAACCUGCAAGUUCUCACGGGCGAGGCCGAGGACGCAGGGACCGACUCGGAAGUUUCAGUCACUUUGUUUGGCGAGAGAGGUGACAGCGGCAGGAGGCUUCUCAACAAACCCAGGGAGGGAGAAAAAGCCUUUGACGAACCCAAGAAGACGGACGUUUUUGAAAUAGAUGCAGUGUCACUGGGAAACGUCAGCAGAGUGCUGAUCCACAAGGCAGCUGGCAAGCCGUGGUUCCUGGACCGACUCAUUCUCAAAGAAGGGGAGUUUGCCAACACCGAGACGGAGUUCAAACAUGAUGGUUGGUUAGGUGACAAGGACCAGCCCGACCAGCCAGUAGACAUUGAGCUGGUGCCUACCACUGAGAGGCCCAGUCACACUGUGGCUCCAUUGCCUGAAGGCCAGGAACCAGUCCAAUCUAAAGGCAACUGGAAGGUCUUCGUCAGCACGGGCGACACCGACACUGCUGGUACGGAGGCCACCGUUACCAUGACAGUGUACGGGUCAGAGGGCAUCAGCAAGCCCCUGCCUUUACAAAAAGACGAUCAACCGACAGUGAUGGAGCCUGGACAGACUCAGGAAUUUGAGGUGAAUGUUGGUGAAGUUGGUCACAUCUACAAAGUACGUCUGGAGCACGACGGAACCAACGAAGAAUCUGAUUGGUUCUUGGAAAAGUUUAAGAUGAAGGAUGUGGACACGAAAGCCGAGUUCAGCUACACGCUGUCUCGCUGGCUGUCUAAGAAUCAAGAAGGAUGCGACCGAGUCGUCGAGAUUCCUGCCGUCUGGCCAGAAACACCGAUACCCCAGGUCGUGAAAUACGAGGUUCAAAUUCUGACCGGCGGCGAAGACGGGGCGGACGCCCAGGCAAAUGUCUACCUGACCCUGAAGGGCGAACACGGUGACACGGGCCGGAGAGACAUGGUGAGAGACCCAGGGGAUCCGACCAUGUUCAGCAAGGGGCAUGAGGAUAGAUUCACCAUUGAGGCCGUGUCGCUGGGAAAGAUUGACAAGUGCAUUGUCGGUCACGACGGCGACAAACCAGAUUCUGGAUGGUUUUUGGACAAGAUUGUUGUAAGUGAAUCCGGUGAAAAUCCACAAGAAACUACCUUCCUGUGCAGUAGGUGGCUGGCAGUAGACAAGGGCGACAACACCACAGAAGUAGAGCUGGAUGCAUUGCCGCCAAGUGAGGGGGCUGUUGACAGCUCGGCCGAAGCUGAUGCAGGGAAGGAUCAGGAGGAGGGAAAGACUGACGAAGGGAAAGAUGAGGAGGGGAAAGAGAACGAUGACAAGACUCAGGAUGGACAAGAAGAGGAUAAGAAAGAUGACAAGAAAGAUGACCAGUGAGCAUGGAAAAGGAAAGGAACAUCUUUUUGUUGGAGUUUGGAGUUGAAAUAUGUAAAAGAAAGGAAUUCCCCACAAAGUGAGUAAGUAAUCACUAAAAUUAACCACAUUCAAUUUUUUUCCUGAGCCUUACUGUUCUCUGAUGCCUUAAUAUUUUGCACAUAUAUUCACCAGAUUUUUUUUUUUUUAUAAAAUUUGGAUGAACUGUUCUCGUGAAAUUGUAGAAAUUUCACGGCGAUGUUGAAUACGGUCUUUUUUACAUUUGGCAAAGUAUAGAAAAAGAAAUUCUUAUUUGCAGGAUAUUCUAUUGAAUUUGAUUUAGCUAUUUUGUUCACUUUGACUGUUUACUGAGUUUUUGUAUUUUUUUGCUUGAUGAAGCAAGGCUACAUAUUAUGGUUAUUUUCAUUUGAUUAUUUGCUUUCUGCUUUUGUGAUUUAGUGUACGCCGCGCUGCCGUCCAUGUUCGUACAUUUCUGUGCAAUAUCUUAAUUUACUGCAGCUUUCAAAGAGUACUUAAUUUUUGUGAAUGAAAUUGUUUUGUUUUUUUCGAGAGGGUAAAUAGUUUGCUAAAUAUUUUGUCAGAGAACAGAAAAUGAAUAAAAAUAAAUUCUCAUCUUUAAUUGUCAUCGUUUGUUAUCAGCUUCUUUUCAGUAAAGAACUGGGUUUAGCCAUCCUAAAUUUGAGCGAUCUUUUUUUUUUUCAUUUUAGGCAAAACAUGGUUACUCUAUUUUGAAAGUAGGUAACAUUGUAUUUGUAUCUUUUCAUGGAGGAUUUUAGUAUGCACUCCGAAGUUCUAUUUUGAGAUACAAAUAGAAUGUAAUGUUUGGCAAAGUGUAAAGGGUGUUUUACAGUUUUCAGCAAAAAAAAGGAAGUUUGUUGGCAUGUUAUGUUAAAUUUGUUGAUUUUCCCUCAAAAUAUAAUUAUGAAAUAAUCAGAUAACAAAUAUAUGCUAUUGCAAUUUUUGCUUAUUUUUAUUUUGACCACUGAUCACCUUGAUUUAUUAUGUACAAUUAAUGCAUUCCUAUGUAAUCUUGAUGAUUUGAAGUCUCACAGUAUUUUUUUUGCUUUGUUGAAUUUCACGCGUUGUUCACGACAGCACUAUUUUUUUGUAACGAAUGAUAGUAUCAUGAAGUUGAUGUUUGCAACAUUACUGCUUGUGUGGGCAGUAUACUUAAAUAUAUUGUGCACUCUUUCAUGAAAUAAUUUUUGGCUGUGUAUUAAAUGCAAAAUAAAUAUUUUAAACAGAUAUACAUAUAGUGUAAAUAAUCUUUAGUUUGAAAAAGAAAAUAUGAUUUUAUUCUGUACAGACAGAUCGUUGUAUAUUUGUGAUUAUAAAAUAUCUUCUAUUUUGCUUUGAUUAUUGCUAGAAAGUAUCCUGGAAACUGCCGUUAACUUUGAAAACUGCUGUUCUCUUCUGACUUUUAGUACCUAUAGUUUUUAAAAUUUUUAACCUGAAGAAGGGAAGGCCAAACGAUGACGUUUUGGACCAGACUAUUUGCUAUCUAAAUGUUAGGUUGUCUUAUGAUAAAGCCUACAUUUAGAGUAAUGAACAUUUGACAAUAUGCUUAAGUUUUUAAAUAGCCCUAACUUUGUGACGUUUUGAUACGAUUAUGCUGGAUAGAACUAUUAAUCUGUUUAUUGGUUUAUCUUUUCAUCUGAAA